GCGCUGUCUCUCCGCCCCGGGGCUCCGCAGGAAUGUGAAGGCGGGGGCCGCUGGUGGCAAACUUUGGGAAUGAUAUAGUAGCAGGAGCUGUAUGGGAUCGGUACCGUCAGUCGGUGUGGACGGCGGCCUGCGCGUGGAUUUUUCUGGUUUCUUGUUGUUUUGGAUCAGUUUCCGGAGAGCAGGCGGAGAGCGGGGAGUGCGCGGGGUUUGAGCAGAGAGAAGCGCGGUUAGAGCCACAGCCAUGUCGGAGGACCUGAGCUCCCAACCCUGGUCCAUCUGCAAGGAUGACUACGAGCUGCAGGAGGUGAUCGGGAGUGGAGCCACAGCAGUUGUCCAGGCGGCCUACUGCGUCCCCAGGAAGGAAAAGGUUGCUAUCAAACGCAUCAACCUGGAGAAAUGCCAGACCAGCAUGGAUGAGCUCCUGAAAGAGAUUCAGGCCAUGAGCCAGUGCCAUCAUCCCAACAUUGUCUCAUACUACACCUCCUUUGUAGUGAAGGAUGAGCUGUGGCUGGUGAUGAAGCUCCUCAGUGGUGGCUCUGUGCUGGAUGUCAUCAAGCACAUCAUCUCGAGAGGGGAGCACAAGACUGGAGUGCUGGAUGAGGCCAGUAUAGCUACCAUUCUGAAAGAAGUUCUACAAGGACUUGAGUACUUGCACAAAAAUGGACAGAUUCACAGGGAUCUGAAGGCUGGAAACAUCCUGCUGGGAGAGGACGGCUCCGUUCAGAUUGCAGACUUUGGUGUAAGUGCCUUCUUAUCCACCGGCGGUGACAUCACCAGAAACAAAGUACGCAAGACGUUUGUUGGGACACCAUGCUGGAUGGCUCCGGAAGUCAUGGAGCAGGUGAAGGGUUAUGACUUCAAAGCCGAUAUCUGGAGUUUCGGGAUCACAGCCAUAGAGCUGGCCACAGGAGCCGCUCCUUACCACAAAUACCCUCCUAUGAAAGUGCUGAUGCUGACCCUGCAGAAUGAUCCUCCUACACUGGAGACGGGCAUCACAGACAAAGAGAUGGUGAAGAAGUACGGGAAAUCCCUGAGGAAGAUGGUCUCGCUGUGUUUGCAGAAGGAUCCAGAGAAAAGGCCAACAUCAUUAGAGCUUUUAAAACACAAAUUCUUCCAGAAAGCGAAGAAUAAUGAAUUUCUACAAGAGAAGCUCCUACAGAAAGCACCUACAAUAUCAGAAAGGUCGAAAAAGGUGAGGCGAGUUCCCGGAUCCAGCGGCAGGUUGCAUAAAACAGAAGAUGGUGAAUGGGAGUGGAGUGAUGAUGAGCUGGAUGAGGAGAGCGAGGAAGGCAAAGCCGCUGUUGCUGCUUUACGGUCUCCGAGAGUAAAGGAGGGAUCUCAGAACUCAGAGCUUUUCCAGCCAACAGAGCCUUUCAGCAGCCACCUCCAGCCUGGCGUCCCCGGCCCGGCAGAAGUACCUCAGUCUGGUGGUCAGCCCAGCGCUCCUGCACAAGCCCUGCCUGUUUCCACCAACCCAGCCCAGGCCCCAGCCCCUGCAAGCGAUGCCUCUAAUUCACCUAUCAGCUUGGUAUUAAGGCUGAGGAACCUGAAGAAGGAGCUUAACGACAUCCGCUUUGAGUUCAUGCCUGGCAGAGACACUGCAGACGGCGUGUCCCAGGAGUUGGUGUCAGCAGGCUUGGUAGAUGGAAGGGAUUUAGUUAUAGUUGCUGCUAAUUUGCAGAAGAUAGUUGACGAGCCUCAAACCAAUAAGAACGUCACAUUUAAGCUGGCGUCCGGCGUCGAGGGUUCCGAGAUUCCAGACGACGUGAAGCUCAUGGGGUUCGCUCAGCUCAGCAUCAGUUAAAGUUUGCCUCCAUGCGGGGACCAUGACUUGCCUAAAAAAUGUGAAAAAGAAAAAAAUACAGAUGAAAUGAAAAAAGAAAAAAAACACCAACAGAAUGACGUAUUCAUACUUUACCCCCCUCUUUUCAAACGCCCCUCAGAUACCACUGCUGCCAAAGAAACAGUACCGUUGCGUAAGCCCAUAGGAUUUAAUGAAACGUCCCGGCUGCAGGAGGCAGUGAGGGUGAAAGGAUAUCGUAAUCGUAAUAGGAAUCACUCAAUAAAGUUUACAAUGUUUGUGUAGAAGGAUGCAAUUUUUCAAAACCAACCAGUUAUCACCUUACAUUCUUUCUUUUUCCAUUUUCUUUCUGUUCUUUUCUCUCUCUUGUUUUUUUUUUCCUUUAAUAUAUGUCCUACAUUUGCACAAUCUGAACUAACGCCCUAAAAUCUUGAUAAAUGUAACAAUGCCUUAUAAUCGAUAGAGCUACUGAGCGCAUGUCCGAGGGGAGGAGAACCCAAAUGAAUUGUGGAGUUUAUCAUAGAUAUGAGCAACUGUGGUUUCAGUUCCUAUGGCUAAACUUCUUUUACUUUUACCAGUUCUUUUAUUUCUUUUUUUCUUUCUCUUUUGGUCUUGAGAGAAGCAGCUAGAACAUACACCCCACCCGCACUCCCCCCUCCGGCAUGUCAAACUUAUUAGCCUUAUCUUGGCCAAAAUGUCUGUUUGAAAGCACUCUUUACUCUCUUGGAUUAUUAGACACUCUAUUCGAUAUUCUCGAGCACCCUUUAGUGUUCUUUUUUGUGUUUUGUUUUAUUUAAUUAUUAUGUUUUUGUUGGGCUUUCUCAGCUGCUGUACAGAAACAAAUUCCUCGUCCAUGUGAUGCACUGGAUAGUAUUUACCACACUGCAGAUGUUCUGUGUUUUUUUAGCGGCCACCCUACAUACGACAUUGCUAUCUGGAUGUCAAAUUCAAUGACGCGUUGCUGUUUGUUCAGUCACGCUAAAAUCUUCCCAAGAGAAGACAAAAAAAUUAUUGUUUGUUCUUGUUUGUUUUUGUUUGUUAUAAAUCUUCUCGGCCCCCGGUUUUAGGUUUAGCGGGUUUUAGCUCUUGUGUACAGUCUUGUGUGGAAAUGUUGCAAGUAAACUCCACCCUAAAUCACAAGUCUUUUAAAAGUUUUCUUUUGUUGUUUCUCAGAAAGAACACUUCUACACAGCCUCCGUACAUCUCACGAUAAAAAAAAAAAUAAAAAAUGAAACCUCGUAUUACUCCAUGGAAUUAAGUUAUUGGUUUUAUAUUACAGCGAUGUUAUACCUGUUGGAUAAAAAAAAAACAACAACAACUAUCUAUCUGGUGUUGGCUUUUGUCUCUGUUUUCUGGAGUCUGUUUCUCAUUGGCUGAUGUGGCUGAACCAGUACUUGAUUGAUUGAAUCUUCUCUUGUCUGUAAAUAACGUGAUUUUGGGUUUUGAUUAUUAUUUUGUUUGUUUGUUUCACUCAUUGCCUUUUUGUCCUUUACGGGAUACGGUGGUGGGGCGUGACACUGGCUGCCAAAGAACACCAAGUUUCGGCUUUUUCUUUAGUUUUCUUUGCCCUCGUCUGAGCUGGUGUGGCUGUUUUCCUUUCAGUGUGGAGGACGUCUGUCUAAUGUUUUCAGCGCCUGUGGCUCGAUACCACGGCUACUGUAGCAGUGCGGGAAACGACAGUUCAGCCUUUAUGUGUAACAGAUGGAGCGGUGCACUUAUAGGGCUGUGGUGAAAUGGACAAAGUGUCACCAUUAUUUUGCUGUAUUGCUGAGGAAUUAUUAUGUUGGUCCACCCACUAAUGCUUCGCUUUUGUAGCUACUGUUGCAAAGUUGGACAAGAUUAAGGGAAUGCUGGUAAAAAUCCCAUUUAGCCUUUUGAGAAACUGUAACACAGAACAAGCUUUACUUACAAGAGUAUUAUAAUUAUAUAAUAGUUUAGUAUAUUUAGCCUGCAUAGGGUUGGACAUAAUUAGUAUAAAGAUAGACAUAAUUCAAUUUGAUGCAAUGUCAUCAGCAUCAUCUUAACAGCAUACCAUGUUAAAAUAUUAAUAGUGUAUCCUAAAUUCAGGUAUUAAGAUGUCAAUAUAAUGAAAUGUGUACCUUAAACACAGAUCAAAUUCAUAUUUACUAAAUAUAUACAGAAUUUAGCGUCCAGUGUUUGCAUAUUAAAAAAAAAACAAAAAAAACAUCUUAUUAUUUGGGCUCAGUGAAUGAAUGAAUGAAUAAAUAAAAAAAUUAGAAGCUAUCAUUAUGCUCCAGCAUAACUGAAUAAUUCUAAAGAUCCCAACCCCUAAAGUUUCUAAACGAAAAAUUAAAAGCCCAGUCGUUUGGCCGCAUCCGUCACACAAGCUCCUCCCACUCCCUGCCAUACUGUACUCUGAUAGGCUGCAUCAAGAUCCUCCAUAAGAGACCUGUUGGAAGAGAUUGAGGCCCAUAAUGGCAAUUCAAAGCCUGAAACACAGGUUUUCUCUACACUGUACAUAUUUUUCAAUAUGUGCUAAAACAAAUAAUUAUACUCACAUAAAACAUAAAACUCAAAACCAGAUCUUUACCAUCACUCUGAAAUACUUACCCAACUUGAAAACAGUUAAUGAUGGACUGCAUUUGUGGGUGGCGCGUAUACAGGCCAGUGGUGAACCCUGGCUAUGUGGUGUGAAGGUUAAAAAGACUGACCUGUAUUAUUUUGACCCAAAUCAUUCAUUUUGUUGGUUUGUUGCCUUGAUUGGUCUGAACACUUUUAGAAAUUAUGUCUAGCGACUCGUCUGGAGCAUCUAAUAUGUGAUUUGUCCAGUUGGAACAAACAGGAAAAGAACAAAAAGUUUUUUUUUUUUUUUCUUCUUCUCAGAGGGCUCAUUUGCAUAUCUCAUCCAAAUUAACAGAAGUGAAUAACAGCUACUUGACACACGCAGAGAGUUAGAACGUCUAUAAACAUCAGAUACGUAUUUGUGAUUCUGUUUCUAAGUUUCUUUGAUUUUAUCGUCAGUCCACAGACUGAUGUAUCCUGUCUGAUUGCUCUGUUGUAUUUCUCACUCUGGUGAACCAGUACCUGCUGUACCAGUCGACAUUGUGGUACUUUUUUUUUUCUUCUUCUUCUUCUUAAAUGAACAUGUUAUAGAGUCAUUCUAUCUGUCAUUUUUCUGUGGGAAUUUGAGAGAUAACUGCACAUUGUCGUUAGCAUCUGGACGCCAGCAUUUGGGAUAUUUUGAAUCGGAAAAGAUGAUUUUUCGGUUGUGUUUUUUGCGCAGACAGAAGAAACUCACGUCUUGAUUCUUCUUUUCUGGGUUUAAUGUUUGCAUUGGAGGCUCUUAAAAAAUGAGCUGCAAAUUCUAAGCAGCCUCUAGUUUCUAGUAACUUUGUUCAUAUACAUGUAUUUUUAGCAUCAAUGACAUUUUGAGCAGAAAUCGAUUGUUUCUGUGGUGUUUUUGAUUAAUAGUUCCAAGAUGAAUUCACUAACCAUUGCCAUUUCAGGUUUAGGAUGAACUUUUCAUGUUAUGGCAAAUAUCAUUUACUUAGAAUCACUCCAGACUCGACUUCAAUUGCAGGAUAGGCAUAAUGAAAUUAAGUGUAAUAAUGAAUAUUUAUGGUUACCCUUGUAUUCUGAUGUGAUUUCGUAAAUUCCAUCUAGAAAAUGAACAAAAAAAAAUAUGUACACAGAUUUCUAGUUUAUUGUGCCAUUCACCUACGUUCAAUCUCUAUGGUUUGACUAAAUUUGUGAUUAUUGAUUUUUUUUUUUUUUUUUUGAGUGAAAUCUACAAUACAGUGAGCUCUUCACCCACUGAUAAACAUUGGGUCCCUCCACCCCCUUUUUCUUUGCUGAACUAUAUUAUUAUGAUAACGAUGCUGUAGUAUUUGGACAGACUACCUUCACACUCUAUUAUAGGCAAUAACACAAAACUGUAAUAUAUUUAAUUUUUUUUUUCUUUAAUUCUUAGGUUUUUAUUUUCAGUUCACUCAUUCUUGCUCUUGUUGGUUUUGAACUUCAAAGCAUGUUUCUCUGAUUAUUUUAAAUCAAUAAAGAAUGAACAUAUCA